ACCUUGGGACUAGUUGCAUGCUAACAGAGAGAGAGAGAGUUUCUCCGUCUGCAACGCAGUCUCUCAGUGUUCUCUCAACUUCCGUCGGAUUAUUCUAUAAAUACCGUCAGACAAGAGAGUGUCAUUUACAUUUCAAGACAUUUUGAUAUCAGCAAUUGUGAGGGUAUGUGCGCGCGCACAAGAUCACCCCAGUCGGAUUCUACACCCCCGAUGAAAACGUUUAUCGAUCUGGUGUAAAUGUACGAACUGACGACCGGUUGUGUCCGACGUUAAACCAAAAGACGAGACGCACGUGCGAAGGCGAGAUAAAUAAACAGUUACGAAGUGCAACAAAAACGAUCUCAAUUAAAUACGCUCGCCGGUGUAAUUACUACAGAUAAAAGCGGAUACCUUAUCACCGUUUUGCAGACACUCUGCAAGAGGCUGAAAGAGGAAGUUAUCCCGAGGAAUGUAAUGGAAGAAAACAUUGGCAUUAUCCAAUACAACAACCAACGUCGUGAUGUACGUAGACGUUCUUCAGACGAUGGUAUCAACAAUCGACACCAUUGUGUGCGUAGAAGAUUUUCUUCAGACAGCGAUGGCAACGAUCAGCAAGAACGCAGGAACGUUGACAUCAGUCGACUCCAUCGUGUGCGUAGAAGACUUAAUUUCGACGACGGUGACAACGACAAUCCACAGGAACGUGAGAAUAUUAACAAUCAUUUUUUAGAAGAAAGGCGAAUACAAUUGGAAGAGGCCAUGAAGAAGUGGGAUUUCGAUUUUCGGCGCGGAAGGCCAGUGGAGAAUCCUGUUCGUUAUGAAUGGGUACAACUUGAUGAACAAGGAAAUGAAAUUUUAAAUUUAAGAUAAAUUAGAAUAAAUAAAUAAAUAAAUUUACGAGAAGAAUGCGCGGAGAAAACAAAAAAUAAUGCAGAAAAUUCGUUUAACAAAUCGACGGAUGAAAAAAAAAA